CCUUCCCCACCCUCUAAAAUGUCCAAUAAUCUACAGAGGGUCUUCCUGAAACCCGCAGAGGAAAAUUCAGGCAACGCCUCACAUUGUGUUUCAGGCUGCAUGUAUCAAGUAGUUCAGACGAUUGGCUCGGAUGGAAAAAAUCUUCUGCAAUUACUUCCAAUUCCUAAUUCUUCUGGAAAUCUUAUCCCACUAGUUCAAUCUUCAGUCAUGUCUGAUGCUUUGAAAGGGAAUACAGGAAAACCAGUUCAAGUUACUUUUCAGACUCAGAUUUCCAGCUCUUCCACAAGUGCAUCAGUUCAAUUGCCCAUUUUUCAGCCAGCCAGUUCUUCAAAGUAUUUUCUUACAAGAACAGUAGAUACAGCAGAAAAAGGUAGAGUUACUUCUGUGGGAACUGAAAAUUUUACCUCAUCAGUUUCUAAAGUUAAGAGUCAUGGUGUGAAAAUUGAUGGACUCACCAUGCAAACAUUUGCUGUUCCUCCCUCAACACAAAAUGAUUCAUCUUAUAUUGUAGUCAAAACCCCGAAUCUUCCAAUGACUGUGAAGUCUCCAGUUUUGCCUUCCGGGCAUCAUUUACAAAUUCCAGCCCAUGCUGAAGUGAAAUCCGUACCUGCAUCAUCAUUGCCUCCUUCAGUUCAGCAAAAGAUACUUGCAGCUGCAACCACAAGUACCUCAGGAGCAGUUGAGUCCUCCCAAAUACCAACAGUUAUUUAUGUAUCUCCUGUAAAUACAGUGAAAAAUAUAGUUACCAAGAACUUUCAAAAUAUCUAUCCAAAACCUGUUAAAGAAAUAGCAAAGCCACUGAUACUAAAUACCACCCAAAUUCCAUCGAAAGUUGCUGCAGAGACACAAUUAAAAGGUGGUCAGCAUUCUCAAGCUGCUCCAGUGAAAUGGAUUUUUCAAGAAAAUCUUCGGCCUUGUACUCCAUCUCUUGUUCCUGUUAAAUCUUCAAAUAAUGUGGCUUCAAAGAUUUUAAAAACUUUCGUAGAUAGGAAAAGUUUGGGAGAUAAUACUGUAAAUAUGCCACCAUUGAGUACCAUCAGUCCUAGUGGGACACAAUCCAUAAGUGUGCCAAUUAAAGAUAAUGCUUUGGUUAUGUUUAAUGGGAAAGUCUAUCUGUUGGCUAAAAAGGGGGCAGAUAUUUUGCCAUCACAAAUUGACCAUCAGAAUUCUGUUUCUCCUGAUAUUCCACUAAGAAAAAACACAUCACAGGUAGUGAGUUCAAGUCCAGUCACAGAAAUAUCCAGAGAGGUUGUAAAUAUUGUUUUGGCUAAAAGUAAAUCUUUACAGAUGGAGACAAAAUCACUUUCAAAUACCCAGCUUGCUUCCAUGAUUAAUCUAAGUGCAGAGAAGAAUAAAAUGUUCGAAAAAUCAUCUCUUUCUACCACAAACCCACAUAACAUGAAUCAAUCCAGUAACUACCUAAAACAGAGUAAGACUUUAUUCACAAAGCCAGUCUUUCCAGAUGGAUUUAGUACAGGACAGAAUGCCCCCAGAAAAGGAAAUACGAUCCAGAGCAUAGAGAAAAUAAAUUCCUCUGUUGAUGCAACAACUGUUACUUCACAACAGUAUGUUUUCAGAGACCAAGAAUCAAAGAUACAGAAUGAGAUGGCAUCAACAUUAGGAAAAGUCUCUCAAGGAAGAAAUGACAAGAAAGUCUCUGAAGGAAAUAGUGUUAAGGCAUCAUGUCUGAAGAGCGAUGCUGAAUUUAAAAAGAUAUUUGGUCUCACUAAAGAUUUGCGAGUGUGCCUUACUCGAAUUCCUGAUCAUUUGCACUCUGGAAAAAGUUUUGAUUCUUUUAGCAGUGUGAUGAAGAGUAGUACUAACACAGAGACAGAGUUUGUGGUGAAGGAACAAGAGAGAAAACAGGGUUUUAAUAAGAAAAGAAAAGCAAAAAACAUGAAGAAGAUGGAUCACACAAAGAAGAGAAAAACCGAGAGUACCUGCAACACAGUCAUAAAUGGGGUAACUAUUGUCACCAGUUCCCAACCCCUCUGCAGUGUUUUACCGACUUCAGACGUAUCAAAAAAUAACAUUCCCACAAGCUGCAGCAAAACCAGAGAAGAAAAGAUAACUGAAGUAGAACACUAUUCCCACAAGAAGGAGGAGAAAGGUGCAUUGAGUUCAUAUGCAGCUUUUGAACAAAGUAAUUUCUUUAAUAAAAAAUAUACUGAAGAUAUUUUCCCAGUGACACCACCAGAAUUAGAAGAAACCGUCCGAGAUGAAAAAAUAAGAAGACUUAAACAAGUGCUAAGAGAGAAAGAAGCAGCUCUUGAAGAAAUGCGUAAGAAGAUGCACCAAAAAUAAUAAAAAUGUUAUGUACUGAAAGACUUUAA